AUGUCUUCUAGAGGGUAUUCCAAAUCUGAAUUAAGAAAUUUAUUAAAUAAUCUUGACGAUAGUAAGAUUUCCGCUAUUCCAUACGACAAUCCACAUACAGUUGCUGAUCGUGCUAGAAAAGCAAGAAUUCAAUUAUUAAACGGAAUGGGAUUACUUAAAUGGAAUAUUGAAAGCGAGGCGAAAAUUUUAUUCCUAGAUAAUAAUCCAAAACUAAUUAAUUCGGCAACAAAAUUUGUCUGGGAUUCAAAACUUACGCACCCUCAAAGACAAGAAUUUGAAAAUUUGGCAAAAAAUGCCAAUAUGAUAAACCGAAAUAUAAGGCAAAGCAUUGAAGACACACACAAUAGAGUCUCUCAAAUGGAUUCUCCUCAAGUUGGUAACAAUCCCUUGGAAAAUGACUUCUAUAAUGGAACGAAGUUUGGAAAUAAUGGUUUUGAGUUCUUGUUACCAAUCGGAAGUUUGGGAAAUUCAGGAUGGUUAGAUGACGGGGGAACGGGUCUUUAG